AUCCAUCAUAUACGGGUCAUUUCUCGCCACUCUACAACAUCCCUACCCGUUUUCUAUGGGCCUUUCCACCAACACAAUCUCUCUUUUCCAUAUCAGGCAAAAAAAAAAAAAAAAAGCACUCUUUCAUUCUUCACAACUUUUAUGAGUAUCACAGAAUAAUAAUAAGAUGGGUUCCAAUUCAAAUUUCUAGCAGUAUUUUCAAUUUGCAUCUAAAUUUAUUCCAACUCUACUCUAGUUUCUGAUUUUCUUUUUAUCAAAUUCUGCCAUGGAAACUCUUUCAAGCUCUGCUUUUCUCUCAAAAAUCCCAGAAAAAAACAUCAAUUUAGGUUGUCAUGUGCCUCAAUUUUCGAUCAAAUCAUGGAAUAAACGAAGUGGGUGUUUGAAAAUCAAUGAAAGUUUGAAUCUUUGUUCAUGGGUGUUAACAUCUGAGAGAGUUGGGAUAUGUGGGUCAUCAAAGAUUAUGGCUUUAUCAAAGGAGGUGUCAGGUGAAAGUGAGAAGAACCCAGAUUCUGAUGAUGGGGUUGGUGUAGUCUCUGAUGAUAUUCUUACUGUUGCUCAGCCUUUGAACGGGUUUAUGAAAUGGCUGCUUCGGCUUUGUUGUGAUGGCUUCUUUCACAUUCUGAAGGCUAAUACUAAUUCAACCCAAAGUCCUAAGAUAAGCUUCGAUGACUCCCCAAGAAUGGUAUCAACACCAGCGGGAUCAGGGAGUGGAUCUGGAGGAGGCACCAGAGCAGGACUAUUCAGAACACCAAUCUCUGGUGGAGUUCAGAGUGCGACCUCAGCCCAUGGACUACCAAGUCCAGCAUUGGCAGUUCGCAAUCUGAUGGAACAGGCCAGGUUUGCUCAUUUGUGCACCGUCAUGUCCCGUAUGCACCACCGAAGGCAAGGAUAUCCAUUUGGCUCACUGGUAGAUUUUGCCCCUGAUGCCAUGGGACAUCCUAUUUUUUCUUUUUCACCAUUGGCUAUUCACACAAGAAAUUUGUUGGCUGAUCCUCGAUGUACACUUGUUGUACAGAUACCUGGAUGGAGUGGCUUAUCCAAUGCAAGAGUGACGAUCUUUGGCGAUGUCUUCCCCCUUUCUGAAGAUGAACAGGAGUGGGCUCAUAAACAGUACAUAAGGAAACAUCAGCAGGGUCCUUCUCAACAGUGGGGAAACUUCUAUUACUUUCGGAUGCAAAACAUAAGUGAUAUCUAUUUCAUUGGUGGCUUCGGCACAGUCGCUUGGGUUGAUGUCAGAGAAUAUGAAAACUUAAAACCAGAUAAGAUUGCUCUUGAAGGAGGUGAACAGUAUUUGAAGGCACUAAACGCUAUCUUCUCAAAGCCCUUGAAAAAGCUUUUAUCCACUGAAAUCGACGUAGACGAUGCUGCACUCAUUUCUAUCGACAGCAGAGGAACUGAUGUCCGAGUUCGUCAAGGGGCACAGUUUAACAUACAAAGGAUAUCGUUUGAAGAAGGGAAUGCUGUUGAGACUCUGGAGGAAGCCAAAUCUGCUCUCCAGCAAUUAAUAAACAAAGGUAAGGUAAACAAUUUUCAGAAAUGAAAGCUCGAUUGCCAGUGUGAGACAUUCUCAUCUUGCAACCAAACCCCCUCAAUAAUGUAUUUUGGGCGAGUUUGCAUUGUUGCAUCUAUUAAGGUUGUGGCAGUUUGAACGAACUUGCAUAAAGCUUCACAGUAGCUGAUAAACAUUUUUCUCUGUAAUCCUUAUUAUUAUACAGGGUAGUUAUUUGUUCAAUAGAAUAAGUUAGUUGCAUAGUUAUUAGAUGAAACUGCAUUCGUAUUAUCCUACUUGAUAAGUUCCGGAGGUUUACGAAUUAUGAUGCCUGUAUCAAAUUCUGAGAAUGAAAAUUUUGCUCUUUUGUAA